GUUUUCAUAUCUUUUGCGAAAACAGGCAUAGUGCAGUUACAGGAAUCUCAAUGAAAACGAAUUAUGGGCCACAUUGGAUUGGUGGUUACUGACACGCAACUGGCAGAUGUUGCCAUUCGGAAUUAUGUUUUGGAGUUCAUUGUUGAUGCGGACAAUGAAUGUUCCCAUGAGCUUGCCCAAGUCGGCGAGCCAGCAUUCAGAUUUGAAGCGAAUGGAGCUUAUGACCCUGCAUACAUCAAAAAUCAGAAGCGAAGGUUGGAGCGCCCUCUUAAUUUUGGUGACAUGAUCGAAUGGGAUGAUCGCGACAUCACAAACAGAAUAAUCCUGAAGAUUCGGAGGGUUCCAAAACUGUUCGAAAGUCGCAUCUAUGAAGGCCGAUCACAGGUUUGCGUGACAGGUGUAGUAUCGCCCACAAACAAAUUUCUAUUUUGGUCUCAGUAUUUUCCUUGUAUAAAAAUAGAUACCGCUUCAUCCAAAGAAGUUUUGCCAAAUGUUUCCGUAUCUGCUUGGCUCAAUAUAGCUAUAGACAGCAACAGUCGUCUUUGCAUCGAGUUCGACUCUUUCGAGAAAGUGGAGUAUGAAGCAAACGUGGUUCCGCUGGCGCCUUGGAAUCGCAACCAUUCAAAGUACACAACAUUAACCAUACCUUUGAAUGAUGAUGACAUAGAAAAUCAAAUACUGGAGCCCGAUAUUAAUAAAUACAAAGGUGGCUGGAAGCAGGAGUUAUAUAACUACGAAGGAAUCUGCACUGGUGGCAGACUGCUGUAUUGUAAUAAACUACCAACAUAUGAAAUUGUCGUGGCUCUAAUCAAGAAUGCAAAAGAUUUUCUUGCGCUAGAAACAGGUGUCAACUGUGAGUUUGACGCUGUAUGGAACGAUUUUGAGAAACGUUUCAUAGUCACGCGUUACAAAACCAGGUCUCGUAUACUACGUUUAGCAUUGAAUGGGCUAAUGAAAACCACUGUAAAGGCUAUCGAGGGCUAUCCGUGCGUAUUCAAAAGUGAUGACCUUGGGCUAAUAGAUGACCCAAAUGGAGCUCUUUCGCUUCUUCAUCUGUCUCCAUAUUGCAAAAGUUCCGUUGUGGUUUCACUUAGCGAUAGUCCUUCGAUGAUAAGCCGCUUCCGCUUCCGUGUGGUAGAUAUCCAGCCAGACAAAGGCCCGAAACUUGAGAAGUGGAUGAAAGAAAAUACGAUCUCCGUUACUGAUGCGAAAGGAGUGGUGAUUGAUUCAUCAACCAUUUAUUCAAGAGAUAAUGGGAGUAUAUUUUUCUUCGUACCUGAAAACCUUCGCAGCGGGAUCUUUGUUGGUUUGUUAGUGAAAUUUUCGGCUGUUUACGACCUCCUUGCCAAGCAAUUCGUGGUGUCGCAUGUCUCAUCCACCUCACGGGAAAUACCUUUUAUCGAAAAGCGUAUGCUUCAUUUUCCACCAGAACACCAUAAAAAGCAGAAGAUUUUCCGAGUUAUUGCAAAGAGAGCUCCGAGGGAACUUGAUUGUCUCUUAGAAUGCGACGAAUUUGGUCUUCUUGAUGUAGGAGUACAUAUAAACCUUACGAAAGACAAUUCACCUAAGCUGGUAUGGGUGAUGAGAUCACUUCCGGACGUCGAUCAAACCUCCCGACCAUCGCGAACACCAUUUAUCAUUGUAGGAGCUGGCGAUCGUGAACCAGAGGGCGUUGCUGUUGAGGAGAGUGCUGAAGAAUUCAAGACUCCGAAAAGCUCAAUGGAAAAAGGCGGCACUGUUUCUGCUGAAGCUGCGAUAGAGGCGGCCAUGCAGCGUAUGGGGCUUACCGAGAAGAAACCGCAUUCUGUCGACUGCAAUGAUGAAGAAUGCGCACCUGGCUGCCCACAUAUGGAAAUGAUAAUGCUGAUGAUCGACACGGUUCCGGAUUUCUUGGAGAAUAUUGCAUACAGCGAUCCAGCUCUAUACACCAAACUUGCCAACAGCAUGUUCUCAUAAUUUGCCUUACUUGUGUAUCGUGGAUGCUUUAAUUUCGUCAUGUAUCAACGGUCAUAAUCGUGAAUACUAAUGAAUUGAAGAUUUUGAAAAAGUUGACAUAAUGAAGAGGGAUUAAAUUGAGUUUAAAGUUGUUAAUUCUGUAGUACCUAGUAUGUUGUUUUUCUAAACGUGAAUUGUUGUAGAUGUAUAAACAUGGUACUUUUUCUGCCUGUUCAAAGAUAAAGUUAUUAUCUUCUAA